AUGGCACUCUUUAAAGAUGGCAGCGCAGAGGACGCGCACGAGUGCCCGGUGUGCUACGAGAGUCUCUCAGGCAGUGAACGCACUCUGAGCUGCGGACACGUGUUCUGCCACGACUGCCUCGUGAAAACGCUGGUGAGCAUCAACAGUGAUGGGAACAUCAGGGACACGAUCGCUUGCCCCAUCUGCCGACACCUGACAUUCAUCAGGAGACAAAAAGAAGCGCUGGUGUCCAUCGCAGCCCCAAAGGGUCCGGAUGCAGGACAGACCCUGGAGGUGCCUUCCCCUCCGGGACGCGGACAGCUCCAGAGCGCACGGCGCGCCUCCGACAGCUUGUUCUCUGGAGUGAACUGGAUAGUCCACUGCUGCAGGUGUGGGCUUCAGAGGAUCCGUGCCGGGAGGUUAAUCAGCCCCAGCCGGAACAGCGCGUGCCAGAUCUUCAUCAUUAGUGCGCAGGGGCGACCCAUGGCGGAGGAGGACGCGCUGGACGUGGUGAUGGUUCCGGGUCAGCCUGAGCGCAGGAGAAGACGCAGGAUUUGCACCACAGCACGAUGCUUGAUCCUGUUGCUCUCUGCGUUCACUGUGCUCGCGCUGGUGGCUGCAACUUUACCCUGGAUUUUAUUGGCAUGAUCCAUUUGGAAGGAUCAAAGUGCCAAAUGAGCAACUUUUAAAGAAAUAUAUAUUUCCACGGAGUCUCAUCUCUAUCAUUUAUGAGUUUGACUGAUCCAACUUUGGCACUUGAUCUAAAACUGUAUUUUAAAGUAAAAAAAAAAUGUCAGCUAUUUAUUUGAG